UAGAAUUGAUUUUCAAUUUUUCCAAAUAUGAGCUGAAUUUUUUGAUAUUCAAUCUUCAGUCAAUCAUUUUCUUUUCUUCAACAAUCGAGCAAUCGUUUCUAUUUUUUAUUCUCGUUCUUCCUUAUCAACUUGUUUCUCUUCCAGUUUUACACUGUUGAUGUUUCCUUAUUCUCUCUUCUUGUCAUCUUGAUUGCGACAAUUUGAUAUCUCACAUGGAGGUUAAUCAAACUUUAUCAGUUUUCCACAACACUGUCUACUUUGAUGUCCAUGAAUUUCGCUGUCAAGAAAUACGUUUGCUUCCAGCGGGCAUUAAGUUUUCCCAAGUGUGUCAAAUCCAAGAAAAGUCUUUUUUCAAUGUCACCAUUCCACCAAUUGAUAUAAAAAAAGCCUAUUUUGACAGUAAAACUGGAGACAAUUUGUCAACCCUGAUCACAGAAACUGUUCCUGAAUCUGGGAUUCGAAUAUGUGAAAUAUUAAAACUUAAUCGAUCUGCUAAUUCAGUUGAACUAAGAGGAUCGAUUCGUGUUCUUGUUCAAUUUAACGGACAAGGUGAAGAAAUUUACAAAAUAUUGGAAGAAUAUUUUGCCGUCUUUAGCCAAGUGAAUUGGAAACUUGAGAGAGCCCUAUCGCGAAGUGUCCAUAAAUACCUUGAUUUCUUGAACAAUCAUUCUCAACAAUCAUCAACACGAAAAACGAAUGUUUCAAGUCCAAAUUACGACAAUUCAGUGUUUAACAUGGAGGUUAAUCAAACUUUAUCAGUUCACAACAAUUCUGUCUACUUCGGUAUUUAUAAAUUCACCUGUAAAGAGAUUCAUUUAAUCUCAAAAGGUAUUAAGUUUGUUCGAGUAUCUACACCAGAAAGACCGAGUUUGGCUAUUACCAUUUCUCCAAUUGAUAUACAAAAACUCUAUUUUGAUAGGAAAACUGGUGAAAAUUUGUCAACCCUGAUCAUAGAAACCGUUCCAAGUUCGAGUUUCAAAAUAUGCGAAUCAUUACAAAUAAAACCGAAUCAAGGUGAUCACAUGGAAGGAACCAUUCGUGUGGCAGUGCAAUUGAACGGAAAGAAUGAAGAAAUUCGGAAUCUAUUGGAAGAGUAUUUCGCCACCUUUAAUACUGUCACUUGGAAACUUGAUAGAAAUUUAUCUGUUAGUGCUCAUCAAUACUUCGACUUAUUGAACAAUUCUUCUCAACAACCGACAGCAAAAUCAUCAACGUCUUCAUCCGCUCUUAAAUCACCUUUUCCCCCUCAAUUGGCUAAGAGUAAAAAGAAGGCUUCGAAUUUAAAAAUAGAUGAAACGACCUCCAUUGUUGAGAUGAACAGUGAAGAUGAAAUUGGAAACUCAAAUGCCGCAGUAUCAAAUCGUGACGAUCGUCUCUUCAGUUAUCCACCUAUUCCCAUUUACGAAGUUGAACAUAUCUCAAUUCGUCAGUCGGAUCUCGCUUGUUUGGAGGAAGGGCAACAAAUAAAUGAUGCAAUCCUGGGUUUCUAUCUUAAGUAUAUUGAAAAAGACUUGACAUCCCCAGAUAUCGCCGAAAGAUGCUACAUUUUCAGUUCAUCUUUUACUACAAUCUCACCCAUAAACCUCGAUCAUCGGAGGCUUUCUGAUAGAUACUACAAUAGAGUAAAGAAUUGGACAAAAAAUGUGAACAUUUUCGAAAAGGACUUUCUAAUUAUACCAAUUCAUAAAUCCUGUCAUUGGUUUCUGGCAAUCAUUUGUUAUCCAAGAAAAGUUCCUCUCCUGGACGAAGUUGCAUUCAAUGAGAAAAGUGCUAAAAGGCCUCGUAUACUUUUCAUGGACUCGACGCAAAGUGCUCAUAGUAGAUGUGGAUUAGCUGCACCAUUACGACACUUUCUAGCUAAGGAAUGGGAGUCAAAGAAAACGACAAAGAAAAGUUUUAGUAGAAGUGUAAUGCCUGAUAUUUAUCUCAAGGUGCCUAAGCAAAACAAUGACUUCGACUCAGGUCUCUAUGUACUACAAUGCAUUGAGAAUUUCCUAAGAAAUCCUGAUCAUUUACUUGACAAAGUUUCCAAAGACCCGGCUAUUAAUCUAGAGGAUUGGUUCUCUCACAGACUGGUUUCGGCUAAACGACGAACUAUUGAAAGAUUGAUUAAACAACAGCGAAAAGCUGAAGAAAUCAAGAAAAAUAGUCUUUGCGAAACGGAUGAUGAAAUUUCUUCUUCUUCUUCUUCUUCUUCUUCUAGCUCUUAUUCUUCUGCUGAUUCCGAAAUUUCUAUUUACUAA